AGCCGUUUCUCGGUUUUCGCGGUGUCGGUAACUGUCAGUUUCUCUCCGCUCGUAAACUCACCUGUGUGGACUCAUUUUGCCCAAUUUUAGACAACAGUAAACACAAGGUGCUAUGGAGAUGGUUACCGUGGAAAUGCUCUGAGUGCAACAGUGGGAGAAGGAAAUGAAGUCAAGGCCACAAGAAAAGCAGACCUAUGUGAGAAAAUGAAGGGAAACAUAGAAGGCAGUUCUUGUCCUUUAACAUCAACCCAGGACAUAGACCACGAGUUGGAUUUAGAUCUGCUUUGCUGGGGUAGUGGGGAGCUUGGCCGCUCUGAAUGUGGGAGGUCAGAGGGCAUCGCUCCAGAGGAGGCCCAUCGGAGGGAGUUCACGCAGACUAGGCUGGGCACGGUGAAGCUGCUGGCAUGUGGAUCCAGUCAUUCCAUUGUGGUCACAGUGGAUAACAAGAUCUUUGCAUGGGGAAAUGGCACCAGUGGGCAGCUUGGAGAUGGACAGAGAGAAGUAAAAGACCACCCCGUUGAGGUUAAAUUGCCACAGGAAGUAAAAGUUAAAGGAAGCGAUAUGGACGUGGACAACAUAGUUGGUGUGGCCUGUGGAAGCAGACACUCCUUCAUAUGGACGCAAACUGGGCAGGCCUACAGUUUCGGGAACAACUUUUACGCCCAGCUUGGCUAUGACUUCCAGAGGGCCGACUUCAAAGAGCACCAGCUGGCACCACAUUUGUUCCAAAGUCUUCCAUCAUCUCUGAAAAUAUCACAAGUGGCCUGUGGAGAGCGACAUACCCUGUUUGCACUGGAGGAUGGCAGUGUGGCGGCAUGUGGGCACAAUGAUUAUGGACAAAUAGGCAGCGGCUCUAAUGAAAGUGUGGUCAUCCCCCGCUUUGUGGAGUGUGUGGGUCGUGUGUCAAAGGUCACCUGUGGGGCUAACCACAAUCUUGUGCUGACAGGUGAGGGCAAGCUGUUUCAGUGGGGCUGUGGACGCGCGUGUGGGAACGCGAAGAAAAACAUCCUGUCACCAGAGGAGGUGCCGCUGCCGCCGAGCUCGCCAGUACGAGAGAUUUCUGGAGGAUGUUGGCAUAGCAUGCUUCUGACAGAUGGUGGGAAUGUCUUCUCCUGGGGAAUGGGGCAAGAGGGACAGCUUGGACUCGGCGAGGACAGGAAUCACGUCUCCUCUCCUUGUCUUCUCAGCUAUUCUCGGCUAGCCAAAGUGACACAGAUACGAGCAGGGGACAACUACGGUGCAGCUGUCACAGGUGUGCGAUGUCGCCUGUGGUACCUGGCACAUGAUGGCUCUCGCCACAGGGAUCAGGGAGACGAACAGAGAACGUGAUCAUCCAGAAUGUGAAGCUGUCUUCAGAGACCUCAUCAGCAAUCCCCUCCUGACAGAGCACGCAGAGAAAGAAAACACGGUAAAAGACCUCGAGCACAGGAGUCAGGUUGUGGAGAGACAAGAAGGCACUGAGGAGCAGCAGAACAAUGACAAAAGUUACUGUGCACACAAA